UCGGGCGGUGCUGAUGAGGCAGGUUUGUCUCCUCCAGUCUGGAAUGGGGUGGUGUGACGUCACCAGGGCGGACAGAGAGAGAGAGGAAGAUGAAGGGAGGAGGAUGUGAGACGAGGCACCGAGAAAUGACACGAGACACAUACUACCGCUAGUGCUGAUAACACAACCACCGAUAAACACAAUGCAUGAAUAACAGCGCAGACACAGACACGGACCAUGCUGUAAAAGACAAGACAGACAGAAACUCUCAACCCCCAAAAGCGCUCGGUCAGAGGAGAAGGAAGGAGCCAGGAUGACAUCAUCACCCGGUGUAACCCCGGGCGACGCCCUGCUGUUCCUCUCCCCCCCGCCGCUCCCCGGCCACGCCUUCCGAGCCGGCUCCUCCACACGGCACCUCAGCCACCGAGCCAACAGCUUCCAGCGUCACCCGAAGCACAAGAAGCUGAUCCGCCCCUCGCCCCCGCCCCCCCCCAACACGCCCUGCCCCGCGGAGAGGCCGCCCCCCCGCAGGGCCCUGCCAGAGCUGCUCCUCAACGGCUGCAUCCUGUUCGGGAUCGAGUUCAGCUACGCCAUGGAGACGGCGUACGUCACCCCCACGCUGCUGCAGAUGGGCCUGCCCGAUCAGCUGUACAGCCUGGUGUGGUUCAUCAGCCCCAUACUGGGGUUCCUGCUGCAGCCGUUUCUCGGGGCGUGGAGCGAUCGCUGUUCCUCUCGUUUUGGGAGACGGCGCCCCUUCAUCCUGGUCCUCUCCAUCGGAGCUCUGAUUGGUCUCUCCCUGCUGCUGAACGGGCGGGACAUGGGGGCGGCGCUGGCGGACACGCCGUCCAAUCACAAGUGGGGGAUCAUCCUGACGGUGUGCGGCGUGGUUCUGAUGGACUUCAGCGCCGACUCGGCGGACAACCCGAGCCACGCCUACAUGAUGGACGUGUGCAGCCCGGAGGACCAGGACCGUGGGCUCAACAUACACGCCCUGCUCGCGGGACUGGGCGGGGGUUUCGGCUACGUUGUCGGGGGGAUCAACUGGGACAGGACGGAGUUCGGGAGGUCGCUGGGGGGUCAGCUGAGGGUCGUCUACCUCUUCACCGCCAUCACCCUCUCCGUCACCACGGCGAUGACCCUCACCAGCAUUCCAGAGCAACCCCUGGUGCAGGAGGUGGGGGGACGCCCCAAAAACACGCUGAAGAGCCCCAGCCUGCCCCUGCCCCCCUCCCCGCCGGCUCCCUCCGGGGAGGGGGAUAGAGAGGACCUGCCCCCAGCCCCCACUCCCCCUCCCCCACACUCCGAGAGGCUCUACGCCAGCCUGGCCGGUCCCAUCUCCCCCCUCAGCCCCCUCACCCCCAAAUACGGCAGCUUCCUGAGCCGGGGCAGCUCCCUGACCGGCCUGAGCGACUUCGCCUCCUCCUCCUCCUCCCUCAGCGCUGCCCACAUCGACAGCGUUCUGAUCCGCUGCUACACCGGCGCGCAGGACAGCGGGUAUCUGGACACAGCGGGGCUGGGCGGGGCCGGGGAGAGGCGGGGCUCCCUGGACGGGAUUCUGAAGAGACCCCAGAGCCUGGCCCUGACGGAGGAGAACGGGCUGGCGGGGGGGGCGGAGAGCGGCCGCCGGAGGACUGUCACCUUCAGCCAGCAGGUAGCGAAUAUCCUCCUGGAUGGUGUGCACUAUGAGAGUGACCUCAACAGCUGUGGAGACACUGGAGACAGUCAGCUGUCAAUCAGGCUGCUCUGUCACUCCGUCUGCAACAUGCCCCGCCCCCUGCGCAGCCUCUGCACCAAUCACUUCCUGGGCUGGCUCUCCUUCGAGGCCAUGCUCCUGUUCUACACAGACUUCAUGGGGGAGGUGGUGUUCGGGGGGGACCCCAAGGCGCCCCGCGACUCCGAGGAGUACGAGCGCUACAACGCUGGCGUCAGCAUGGGCUGCUGGGGCAUGUGCAUCUACGCAUUCAGUGCAGCUUUGUACUCGGCUCUCCUGGAGAAGCUGGAGGAAAGGCUUUCUCUCCGGACUCUCUAUUUCGUGGCGUACCUGGCAUUCGGGCUCGGCACGGGGCUGGCCACGCUGUCCACAAAUCUCUACGUGAUCCUGAGUCUCUGUGUCACCCACGGGGUGCUCUUCUCCUCGCUCUGCACCCUGCCCUACUCCCUGCUGUGCGAAUACUACCAGAGCCCCAAGUUCGUCGGCUCGGUGCAGUGUGGGACACGGCGGGGGAUGGGCGUGGACAUCUCUCUGCUCAGCUGCCAGUACUUCCUGGCUCAGAUCCUGGUCUCCGUGGUGAUGGGGCCCCUGACCUCGCUGGUGGGCGGAGCUAAGGGUGUGAUGUACUUUGCCAGCCUCGCCUCCUUCGUGGGCUGCCUCUACUCCUCCCUGUGCCUCACAUACGAGCUGCCAUCCGAGGACAGCGAGGAGGGCGGGGGCGAGGCCCAGCCGCUGCUCAUCGACAUCUAACCCCCCCUCUGAACGCCAUUGCUGCUGCUAAUGUAAAGAAGACUUUCUGCUGCUCUUCUGACCUCCCCCCCCCCCCUCCGUGAGCCCCGCGGUGCACUCUGGGACUUGUAGUCCUGCAUCUCUGAAACGGAGACAGGCAGAAAAAGAACGCACGAGAAGACUGGGGUCCCCACAUGGUGCCCCCCCCCCAUGUGAACGCACGGGCGCAGCUACACGUAGAGGUCUCCUCAGUACGGAGAGCUGUGUUGGAUCCAUGCUAUUUCUGAUGUGAUGUUAUUAUUAGUGGUUGUAUUUGGUUUGAAUUCCAGUCAUGAUGCUCUUGGGUUUGUUCCAGGCUCUGUGUUCUGUGUCUGUGACGGACAGUUUGAGGGUUAGGGAUGACGAGUCUUUUCAGCACAGUAUAUAAGUCCUUGAGUCCCACAGACACGCUAACACACACACACACGCACACACACACAUACACACAGACACACGCACACACACACAUGCACACACACAGACACAUGCACACACAGACACACACAUUUAUUUAACUGUUUUUUCUAUGAGUAUUAUUAUUGCUGUAAAUUACUUAAUUAUGGUUUUGAAAUAUACAGAUAUUUUCAUUUAUUUAUUUUUAUUUGAAACAUUAAUUAAAAUAAAUGAUCAAAUCGA